CAGAACCAGAACCAGAACAACAGAACCGAGACUCUGCAGGAGGCAGCGGACCGACGGCAGCUUCUCGUCUGCAGAGCAUGUUGGCAGGACACUCAUGGAUUUAGUCGACCUCUACCUGCCAGAGUGUUUCACCUACCACCCAGACUCAGAGCUUCUGGGCAGGAUGUCGGUGAGGGGCUUGGACCCCACCUGUCCCACCUCCAUAAAGCGUGAGCCCUCCAGCCCCAGCCCCAGCUCUCAGGGCGACGUCAGCCCGGGUCAGCCCAGCCCCGGAAGCUCCUCCUCGGACACAAACUCCAGCUACGGUCCCCUCACCAAGGCCCACGGUCUCACCAAUGGACUGGACUCGCCGGGUCUCUACGGCCACCCAGCAGGACUGACCAACAAUGGAGCAGUAAACAGGAGGUUCGUGGAGGACGAAGGCCAGGUGAAGUGUGAGUUCAUGCUCGGCUCGGUGGCCAAGCGGGUUUGUCUGGUCUGCGGCGACGUGGCCUCGGGUUACCACUACGGCGUGGCCUCCUGUGAAGCCUGCAAGGCCUUCUUCAAGAGGACCAUCCAAGGUAACAUCGAGUACAGCUGCCCGGCCUCCAACGAAUGUGAGAUCACCAAGAGACGGAGGAAGUCGUGCCAGGCCUGUCGAUUUGUGAAAUGCCUGUCGGUGGGGAUGCUGAGAGAAGGAGUUCGUCUGGACCGAGUUCGAGGCGGCCGACAGAAGUACAAGAGGAGAAUAGAUGCUGAGAACAGCCCGUAUCUGCAUCCUCAGAACACGCUGCCGCAGAAGAAAUGCGGCGUGGUCGAGAACAAAGUGGUUUCUCUGCUGCUGGUCGCCGAGCCGGAGGGCAUCUUCGCCAUGCCGGACCCGACGGUGCCCGAGAGCGACAUCAAGGCGCUGACCACGCUGUGCGACCUGGCCGACCGGGAGCUGGUGGUCAACAUCGGCUGGGCCAAGCACAUCCCAGGCUUCCCGUCGCUGUCCCUGGCCGACCAGAUGAGCCUGCUGCAGAGCGGCUGGAUGGAGAUCCUGAUCCUCAGGGUGGUGUUCCGCUCGCUGGGCCUGGACGAGAAGCUGGUGUACGCCGAGGACUACGUCAUGGACGAGGAGCAGUCGAAGCUGGCCGGCCUGCUCGACCUCAACAACGCCAUCCUGCAGCUGGUGAAGAAGUACAAGACCAUGGGGCUGGAGAAGGAGGAGUUCGUGGUGCUGAAGGCCAUCGCGCUCGCCAACUCAGGUAGUCGACGUGUNGAGGACUCGGAGGCGGUCCAGCGGCUGCAGGACGUCCUCCACGGCGCCCUGCAGGACUACGAGGCCGCCCACCACCCGGAGGAUCCCCGGCGGGCGGGAAAGAUGAUCAUGACGCUGCCUCUGCUCCGGCAGACGGCGGCCCGAGCCGUGCAGCACUUCUGCAGCAUCAAACAGGACGGCCGCGUGCCGAUGCACAAACUGUUCCUGGAACUGCUCGAGGCCAAAGCCUGACCCGGGGGGGCGGGGCUUCGGACGGGGGAGGCGGCGAGGGAUAACGGGUAAAUGGUGGAGGCUCGCACCGCGCAUUCGUCCAUUUCAGCUUGCAUUUGACAGGAAAGUCUCCAAUCUGCAGUCGGCCGGGACGCUUUCAGAGCCGAAGGAGUCGAGCGUCCCGACGGCGGCGGCGAGUCACCGCGGCGACCUGCAGACGGACGGCGAAGACGAAGACUCGCCGUCCAGAGACGUUUCCGUUCACGCCAAACGUAGAGCUUCUUGUCUCCAAACACCACCUGAUACUUGAAGAUCCUCCUGGAUUGUUUUAUUCAUGCUGACGCCUGUAAAAAUCUGCAUUCUCGUGCGUUUAGAGGAAGCGUUUAUGAUUUGGUUUGUUUUGUAGAGAUAAAGUCGUACAGUUAGUCCGCCAAAGACUCAUGUUAUCAAUAAUACCAGCAAACGUCCACAGUAAUAAUAAUAAUAUAAACGGUAGUGAUACGACGUGGCCUGUAAGACUUUCACGUAAACCUGCAUCUCUGCUCUGCUGUGUGUCGCAAAUAUAUCUAUCCGUCUGCUGAGGGGAAGCGCUUCGGUUUGAGUCGACGACUUCAGGGAAGGAGAAGUGGUAUUUAUUCAGCUCUGUUCUGUUCUCUUUGUUUUCCCGACGUGGCAUUAACGAGCAGCAGCGGUGGUUUUUUAACGAUUUUUAACGUGUAAGAUAAUUUUUUUACCAGCUUCUCUGCUCCAGCACUGAUCCUAUCGAUAGCAUAUCAUGAGGCUGAGGACGACCUGUGGAGUCUGUAGCUAGAACCCUAACCUCUGUGCAACGGCUGCCGUACUGUAUAACCGGACUAGGGAGGCGCUUGAUGUCUUUUCUAUGGUAGAAACUUGUGCACUACUCUUUCCUUUUAGCCAUACUGUUUGCGGGGGAAUCGGUGAUCUGUUAGCGUGUUUCGUGUGAAGUUUUUUUUCUUUCCUCUGGUUUUUUCCCGCGGCGACGGGACGAAGCAGGAACCUCAGAACGACGGCUCCUUAUGUAACUCCAGGUACUGUGACUCUGUAGCGUAUUUCUGUGACGAGGUGAUCAGAUGUAGCAGCGACACGGCGCUCUGGGUCGAUGUCACGUAUGAUUUGCUGUAUAUAAACCGACGCGCUCCGUCUGGGCGAGCGGCGUCGCGCUGAUUUCAUUCUCAGGUGGAUUUUUGGGCAAUAAAGAUGAUCCCCUUAAUGCAAACGC